GCUAAAAUGGCUGCUUUCAAUUUGACUAGCUUGCUAGAGAGUUUGCCAAAUUCGACAAACUGGGAACAAUCUCUACUCGAUUUGAAGACUUUGUUCACAUCUUUUUCUCCAAGUGAAUUGAGGAAUGUGACUCAGGAAUUGUCUUUUCAUGUCAUCUUUGAGUUAUUGAGCACAGACAAUAAAGAUGUGCUUGAACUUUGCUGCAAUGUGCUUGAAAAAUUACUUGAUGCAUCUGGACCAUCAACUGUUUUUCAAAAGUACAGAGAGGAAAUAUUAAAAGGUCUCAACCAUCCUCAUGUAAUGGUGAAAUGCCUUUGUUUGCGGCAGAUGUUAAGUGCAUCAGAAGAGGUUAUUGAUGAACUAUUGCCACACAGGGAGGUGCUCCAGAAAACAGCCAGCUUGCUCUCAGAUGAAAUUCAGGUGGCAAAUCUGGCCAGCAAAAUUCUCAUCAAUCUAGGUAGGACUCACCAAGGAUUGGCUGUUCUGUUCAGCAAUCAGAUGAUUCAUUGUUUGGAACAGGUCAGCAACAUCAGCGACACAGUCAGGUUCAGAGUGUAUGAGAUGUUAAUCCAAAUCUGUAAGCUUUCAUUGGCGGCCCUGGAGAACACACACAACAGUGGACUCCUUCAGCAGCUAUUGAAUGAGGUCCAUAAAGAUGAUGUCCUAAUUCAGCUGAACGCCAUAGAGAUGUUGUCAGACCUGACAAUGGUGGACCAUGGAUUGGUGUAUCUGGAUCAGCAAGGCAUUGUUGGAAAAUUAGAGAGCAUGAUGGGUGAUCUAGACUCAAAUCCUCUUGGCAACCUACUCCUACCAGGGUUGACAAAGUUUUUUGGAGGAGUUGCUCGUUUUCAUCCAAAGGAGGUCUGCAGCAGUAACAAGACAUUUGUGAACUCUGUGUUCGAGGGUUUAUCCUCCAGGGAUCUGACACAGAAAAGCAUUUCUGUCCAAACUGUCGGCUUUAUUGGUGAAUCAGUGGAGGGGAAAAUGGCUCUUGACAAAUUAGGUAACACAAUGAUUCAUGGUGUGAAGUUGAUAGGAACCAUGGUGCGGGAAGCUCCAUCAGAACUACGCAUAAAGGCCUUGGACACUGUCUGCAGCAUCACCAAACUACAGAUUGCAGAACAAACAGAUGAAUUACAAAAGCUGACAGAGAAGUGGUUUAAUUUACUAAGCAAUAACUCGUUUGAGACACUGAUGUCGUUGGUGAGACAGCCAUUCACAGACCUGCGAUGUUCCGCACACUGCGUGUUACAAUCCCUGGCAUUACAACCAUGGGGACAGACUCUUAUGAACAAUUACCCUGGGUUUACGGAAUUCCUGUUGGACAGAAGCACAGAGAAAACCAAGGAAACGAAAGAAUCCAAGUUUACCGUUAUAAGAACCAUUGCAGAGUCACCCACUGCGGUGGAUGUGUUCGGACAGCCCUAUAUUGUUCAGGUGAAGGCAAUGGCCCUUCAAGGCCCCUUCUUUGUUCAGACUCAGUCAGAGGUGGCGUUUGAGGGGGAAUGAUGCAUUAACUGUGUACUGUUGAAUAUGUUUUGAUUAAAAUGUCAGUAAUAUUUCUGUAACUUAAUAAAUUCAUGUUCAAAAGAA